AUGCCCUUCAAUUUAUCGUUGCCGAAAGUGAGCGAAAGCGGGAUCCGAAUGGAACGACACCAUUCAUCAAUGAAAGAAGUGGAAAAAGAACAGACAGCAUCGCCGAAUAUACCAAUUCAAGGAGCGAAUGCUAAACAAAAAUUACAGAAUCUUAUAUCUCCAAAAAAAGUAUGGAUGAAAAAACAUGUAAUGGAUCAGACGAAUGAAAAGCUUCAUGGUUAUUCAGAAUGUAGCAAAACUUUCUCUCAAUCAUCCGAUAUGGAAAGGCAUUUGAUAAAUUGUACCAAUGAAAAGCUCCAAAUUCAUUUGCUGACAAAUAUCGGUAAAGAAGAAACACAGUCACCGAAUUUAUUAAUCCAGGGACUGAAUGCCGAACAAAAAUUACGACAUCCUGCGUUUUGGUUGGAAAGACGUACGAAGAUUCAUGUCGGUAAAAGGCCGUGCAAUAGUUCGGAAUACCGAAAAAGUGUCCGUCACCCAUCGAAUUUGGGAAAACAUAUGAAUAUUCAUACUGAUGAAAAAACGCAUAGUUGUCUGAAAUGCAGAAAAAAUUUCUCUCGAUCACCGGAUUUGGAAAGACAUAUGAGGAUUCAUACCGGUGAAAAGCCGUAUAACUGUACAGAAUGUGAAAAACGCUUCUCUGAUCCAUCGAAUUUUAGACAACAUAUGAAAAUUCAUACCGGUGAAAAGCCGUACAAUUGCUCAGAAUGUGGAAAACGUUUCUCUCAUUCAUGGUCUUCUAACAAACAUAUGAGGAUACAUACCGGUGAAAAACCGCACGGCUGUCCGAAAUGUAAAAAAAAUUUCUCUCACUUAGUACAUUUGAAAACACAUAUGAGAAUUCAUACCGGUGAAAAGCCAUACAAUUGUUCAGAAUGUGGAAAGCGUUUUUCUGAUUCAUCGGAUUACAAAAGACAUAUGAGGAUUCAUACCGGUGAAAUGCCAUACAAUUGCUCAGAAUGUGGAAAACGUUUCUCUGAUGGAACGACUUUUAAACGACAUACAAGGAUUCAUUCCGGUGAAAAACGGUACAAUUGUUCGGAAUGUGGAAAACGUUUCUCAGAUUCAUCGGCUUUUAAAAGGCAUAUGAUGAUUCAUACCGGUGAAAAACCGUAUAGUUGUUCCGUAUGCAAGAAAAGAUUUUCUCGAAAUGGUGAUUUGAAUAGACACAUGAAAACUCAUCAGAAAGAGAGUUCCUCUUCCAAUUGA